AUUAACAUAAUUAAACUCACAACACAAGAAAAACCUCUAUCAAAAGAAGCAUAAAACUAUUUUACCAAUCUUCAUGGAAAGAAAAAUGUCAUUUGAAGAAGUUAAAUCAGAUUCUAUGACCUCAAAUUCUAAUAGCUCCUUCAAUGAUAAUGGUGUUCCUCGUGGAUCAGAAAAGUAUCAACCAAGUUCUUUGGGACAUUAUUUCCUUUCUCAUCAACCCAAAACUUUGGAUGAAGACAAGAUGAUCAAGAAACAACUUCAAGAACUAAAAGAAGAAGUGAGAAGUAUGUUUGUCACUAUUGAGAAAUUUUCAGAAAAACUAAGUUUAAUUGAUUCAAUCCAACGUUUAGGUUUGUCUUACCACUUUGAUGAUGAAAUUAAUGAAGUUCUAAUGUUAUUAAUGCAAAAUCCUUGCAAUAUUGACGAAGAACAUGAGGAUCUUUAUAUUACGGCUCUUAGAUUUCGAUUGCUUCGACAACAAGGCUUGUUUAUUUCAUGUGAGAUAUUCAAUAAGUUUACAAAUGAAAGGGGAGAAUUCAAAGAAUCAAUUGGAAAGGAUAAAAUUGGUUUAUUAAGUUUGUAUGAAGCAUCCCAUUUGAGAAUGAAAGGAGAAAAUAUAUUGGAUGAAGCAUUAGCUUUCACAACUUCUUAUCUUAAAGCAAUGGCCAUGGAUUCCAACUCUCCAUUCUACGAAGAAGCAAAAUAUGCAUUGAAGUGGCCAAUUUAUAAAGCUGUGAAAAGGCUUAUGGCUAGGCACUAUAUCUCUCUCUAUAGCAACAAUCCAUUGAAGAAUAAUGUUUUGCUCACCUUUGCAAAGUUGGACUACAAUUCUCUCCAAAAACUUUACCAGAAUGAACUAAGUGAACUUACGAGGUGGUGGAAGAAUCAAAAGUUCAUGGAACAAUUACAUUUUGCAAGAGAUAGGGUGGUGGAGUGCUAUCUUUGGGCAUUGGAAGCAUUCUAUGAACCAAAGUACUCUGCCAAUAGAAGGAUACUUCUCAAAAUGAUUUAUUUCGUAACUAUUAUUGAUGAUAUGUAUGAUGCAUAUGCCACAGUCGAUGAACUUCAACUUUUCACUGAAGCAAUUCAAAGGUGGGAUACCAAGAGCAUUGAGAAGCUCCCAAAUUAUAUGAAAGGUCUUUAUCAAGCUAUACUUGAUUUUUUUGGAGAAAUUGAAGAAGAUAUGAGCAUGGAUAAUAGCACUGCACCAUUUGCAUUGGAUUCUGCAAAAGAAUCGCUAAAAAGACAAUGCAAAGCUUAUUUGGUGGAAGCAAAAUGGUUCAGUGAAGGAUAUGUGCCAACAAUGGAAGAAUACAUGAACGUUGGCGUUGUUUCAAUUGGCCCCUAUGUUUUGGCUUUAGUUCCCUUCUUAGCUUUGGGGAAUGUCGAUACAAAAGAGGUUUUCCAAUGGGUUCAAACUGAUCCAAUGCUUCUUAAAGCAGGUGGAAUAAUUGCCAGACUCAUGAAUGACAUAACUUCCCACAAGUUUGGACAAGGGAGAGGACAUGUGGCUUGUGCAGUUGAGUGCUACACGAAACAAUAUGGAGUACCGAAAGGAGAGGCCAUAGUUGAACUAAACAAGGAAGUGGUAGAAGCAUGGAAAAGUAUGAUACAAGAUCACAUUGACGUGAAAUUUUGUACCAAGUUUCCAGAUGUGAUCCUUCACUUCGGUUUGAAUCUUGCUCGAGUAGCAAACUUUUAUUAUAAAGAACGAGAUGGUUUCACUUUCGUCGAUGGAGAAACUAAACAUCUUAUGACCUUAUCGCUCACCAUGCCAAUUUGAUCCUAUCUAUAGUAGUUUCUUGUUUCUAUCAAAUAUAAGUGUUCACAGACACAUAAUUAAUGAUUAAAAGAAUGUUUUUAGUGAGGAAAAUGUGUUACAUAUAUAUGUCCUUUUUGUUAUAUGAAGUUUAAUAAAAAUAAUUAUCAUGUUUAGUAA